AUGGGAUUCAAGCAGCAUGGGCGGACGUACGACCUGGUGGUCUUUGGAGCGACCGGCUACACAGGGAAAUACACCGCGGAGCACAUUACCGAGCACCUGCCCACGGAUCUCAAAUGGGCCAUUGCUGGUCGUUCCCGGGAGAAGCUGCAGAAGCUCGCUGACGAGCUCAAGCUGUUGAACCCGGAUCGUCGACAACCUGAAAUUGAGACGUGCGGCUUGAACGGUGAUGACCUCAGCGCGCUGGCCAAGAAGACGUUCGUCUUGAUCACAACUGUUGGACCGUACGGACAGCAUGGAGAGCAUGCCUUCAAAGCCUGUGCCGAGAAUGGCACACACUACUUCGACGUCACGGGCGAGGUGCCCUUUCUGGCUCGCAUGAUCAAGAAGUACGAGAGGGUCGCAAAGCAGACAGGCAGCAUGCUCUUCCCAGAGAUCGGCGUCGAGUCUGCCCCGGCGGACCUUGUCGUCUGGUCCCUCGCCAAGCACAACCGCACCGAACUUGCAGCCAAGACGCGCGAGGUGAUCUUGUCCUGCCACAAGCUGAAUUCGGCACCCUCGGGCGGGACCCUGGCCUCCCUUCUGGGCUUCUUUGAUACCUUUCCCCUAAAGGAGAUCACCGACGCCUUCCGGCCAUACGCGCUCUCCCCCGUGCCAAACCCAACCGCCACCUCGCGCCCCAAGCCCUCCAUCAAGACGAGGCUGACAGGUCUGCGCACGGUGCCGAACCUAGGCAGGCUGACCACGUCCCUCGCCGCGGACACGGACAGGGCGAUCAUCGGGCGGACGUGGGGCCUCCUCUCGCAGGCCGGAGGGACCAAGGGGGGAGCCGAGGCGUACGGGCCCAACUUCGACUUCAGCGAGCACAUGCGCACGCGCAACUGGCUGUCGGGCGUGCUCGUGCACUGGGGCAUCGCGCUCUCCGGGUUCCUGCUCGCGGUGCUGCCCCCGCUGCGGUGGGUGGUCAGGAGGCUCGUGUACAAGCAGGGCGACGGCCCGGACAAGGAGCAGGCCAAGAAGGACGAGAUCGAGUUCCGCGGCGUGGCUGCACCGGACACCGACAGGCCGGUUGGGAAGCAGGCGUACUGCCGGGCUACUUACUUCGGCAGCAUGUACGAAUCCGCACUCACUGUGCUAGAGGAUGAUGUUGACCUCGGUGGCGGUGGAGUCUUCACCCCAGCAUGUCUUGGGCAGCGGUUCGUGGACAGGCUGGACGGUGUCGGAUUUAAGAUCCAGACGGAGUCGGUGUUGACCUAG